AUGGAAGCGUUUGUUAAGCAGCGAGCUAUAGAAAAAGGAAAGAUAACAAGAAUUGAAAAUUGGAUUGAAAUUAAUCAAAAUAUUGAAUUGCGCACAUAUGAAUUUAAAAGUAGAUUAGAGCUUUUAACUAAUGCUUUUGAAACUUACUGUUCCAUUCAAAAUGAUAUUGAAAUGUUAGAUGAUACUCAAUGUACAGACCGGGAUAUCGUUGAAGAAAGAUAUUGUUCAGCUCGUACCGGUGGCCGUGUUCAUCAGUUGCCUUACUUAUUGGAAAAUAUUCCUUGGGGAAUUAAAGUUAAAUUUGAACACUGCUUAUUUGAAUGGCAAAAAUCAAUUGGUACCUACGUACAUGAAGACAUGACACAAAAAACAUCACAAAUGGUUAAAGAACAUCCAGAACUUAACCAUUUGGCUUCUACAGAAAGUGAUAAAGAAAAUAUAAUUGAACUGUUCGACCUGAGAUCAGUAUUAAGUAAAUAUGACGAAGGAAAAGCCAUAUUGAAAUUAAUGGACCUGAAUGUCAAAGAGCUUCCAGAACCCCAACGACAGAUUUUAGUCUAUAAAAUAAUCGAUUAUUUCAUUCAAAGCAACCAUAAAAUUAGUGUGUCGUUGGCAAAGACCAUAUCCGAUCAAAUUUUAUGUUUAUUUCCAGACGAAUUUAGGGAAUACUAUUUUGCACCCCAAACAAAUAAAUCUCCUAAAGGGAAACUUCUGGCAAAAUAUUACAACCAAAUGCGAAAACUAAAAUCAAUAGGUCUCAUAGAAGCUCCUUUGAUCAGAAAAAGAAAAUGUGAAACCUUCAAACCAGAUCUGGAACCAGAGGAAAACGCUUUUAAUACUAAAGAGAAGCUGAAAUUCAUGCAAGAGUACGAAAGGUGGGAUGAGAUAAAAAUCUUGUGGAAAAGCUGUGGUAAUUUUAGAAGAAAUUUCUUAUUGGAUGACGAAUCAGAAAAUAUAACAAUAAUUCUAACAGAAUGGCCUUUAUACAAACACCCAAUGGGAAGUAGUUUAAUUGAUUUAGACUUUGAAAAUAUAUAUCCUCAGGCUACUCAUAUCUAUACAAAAUGGGGCUUAUUCGUGAACGUUGCUCUGGAGUUAUUCAAAAGCAAAAUUAAAGAUAAGCAUUGUAAAUAUGUUCUUGAAAAAUUAGGCAAUGGAUCUGUCACCGAAGAAGGAAAACAUGUCUCCAUAUUGUUUUUGCUACAUGGUGCUAUUGUGCCGACUUCAAAAAGAACCGUUAAAGUAGGAACACGAAAAGCUAUGUUAAAAUAUACGAUAAGUGAUUCUCAAGAUUCAUUUAUGGUAACGGGACGGAAUAUAAAUGAAGUAGAAGGAAAACUUAUCGAUAAAAAGAGUCGCAAUAACCCAAUACAACCAUUUCUAGUUGUAAUAUUUGAUGACGACAUUACGACACCGAAACAAUUUCUGGUAUGCUGCGACCAACUUAAAUACAACUUUCUUUCUAUAAUUCCUGCGCUAGAUUGUUGUUUCAAAGUUUUUCAUGUUUUUAACUUAAUAUAUCCGUUGGAGAGCAUCGCCGUUUGGCAAUUUAUACAGCAGUUUGUUUUUAAAAUUUACACUAAGCAUGAUGUAGUAUUACCAAACAUGAGCAUAUUCAUAAAUGAAAUAAAGAAAAAACUCAAAAAUUGAUUUUGAUAAGCUAAUUAAUUCUUCAUUUAAUUUGUUUCGUGUUAUGUUCGUUUAGUUUGAUUUGUGUUCAUCCGCUAAUAUUUAUGAGUGGUCCUACUAGAAAAUAAAAACAACUCAUACAUCUCUUGAUAUAUGGCAACGCCGGAUAUUAAUUUGUACAAUUUUAGGUAGGGUUGAUGAUGAAUUAUAUCGAAACAUCAAAACGCUAUUUUGAUAUCUCGAUAUAAUUUAAUCAUCAACUGUUACCUGUUACUUACAAGAUUGUGUUUUCUUUGGAAAUAGGAUAUUUUAGUUAAUUAAUAAAAUUUUAAUUUGAAAAUACAGAUACACCGGACUCCCAUUUCUACAAAAUUGAGCAAAACCGGAGUCAGUGCUGUUCAUCAGACAGUCUAAACUAGUUUCGUUACCUGUAGAUCUUCGUAAGUUCAUUUUGUGGCAACCAUUGGACCUAAACGCGGACUGCGUUUACAGGAAAUUUAAAUGGUAACAAGCCACUACAAACUGAAGUUAUAUAUUGACUCAAAAGUGGAAAAUAUUUGCUGUUCGUAUCUUCUUGCAAUAAUAACAGCACAGUUUUGUCUUUUUGUCUCCUGCAAUUUCUUAAGUAUUCGAAUUUAGACAAAACCUUAAAACCAUCUAAUGCGCUGGUAGAUUUGCAAACUUUGUAAAAAUGCAUGAAUAUUAAAAAUGUUAUCCAUUUUCUUGAAAAUAUAUAACUCUUCUCACAGUCAUUUAGAUUUUUUAAAAUUAAAGUGUUCAAUUUCUAAUAUUUUAAUGUAAUUUAACAAUAUCUUUUAGACAUAUACCUAUUUUAUGUUCUUUUAAUUAGUUCUAGUUAAUAUAGUUAAAAAAUAUACCUGCAAACAUUGAAAACUAAAGACGUUAAUGUUAAUAAGAAAUGUGAAAAGAUAUGAGACCAGUUUUAUAAUUUCAAGGAUCAAAUGAACAAUUUUAUUUGAAAAAUUAAAUUAUUUAUGAUAUUUUUGUUUAGUAAUUCUUAAAAUAUAACUGAAGACUAAAUUAUGGCAGAAAUGCGAAUUUGGA